ACGGUGGGGGAAUUAGAGAGAGUUUUGGCUUGAAUUUGAGCAGGCAUCUAUCCUCUCACCAUGGCAUGCAUAAACAUGUUGAAAAAUGAUCAGCAAGGCCUGUGCACAUCAAUGGGUCCAAGAAUCUCCUUCUCUAAUGACUUCGCAGAUUCCCAGCACCCAAAGAGGCAUGACCACAGCUACAAAGAAGCCCCAGUCUCCUCAGACUUCGAGUUCUCAGUCCCCACCUACAACAUCAUCUCUGCAGAUGAAGUGUUCUUCAAGGGCAAAAUCUUGCCCUUGAAGGAGAAAUCCACCAAAACCACUACUCUCAGAGAUGAGCUCCUCCAGGCUACAGAUGAUGACUAUGGUGAUCUCUUCCUAAAGGGCACCAGCCGGUGGAGGGAGCGUUUGGGCUUGAAGAGAUCCCCUGUUUUCCCCAAGAAAUUAUCCGACCGGAACGACGGCCCCCUCCAAGGAAUUGAUGAAGUUAAGGUUCAAGAUUUGAUCAACAUUGCAGGUGGAAAGUAGAUUCCUAAUUCCUAGUACUGUCCUGUUCUCUUGUUCAUGUCCCAGCAGCUAAUUUUUAAGAAUAUUUGUUCCCCUCCAGGCUCUGAUCUGGAUUGAUAAUGUCCUUUUGUCAUAAUUUUUUUCUUCUUCUUCCUUCCUUCAUAUAUUAGGAAGACUAGAUGGAUUCUGUACACAUGUGUUGUUCUUAUGUUCAUCUUUUCUGUACAAAAUGUUUGCACUUCAGUCUAAUAAUAUAUGCACUUUUAUACGUUGAUC